UAUUCAUUUGCACACGCGGGUUAGGGAUAGGGUUAGGAUCGACCACUCAAGACUAGCUUGCGUGGACGCGCGACUGCGCGUUCGGGACCGUGCUGCUUUAGUAGUACCCAAGAAUCCUUUAGAACCGGCCUUAAACGUUGGUGUUGGGGUUUGACAAUCUUUUUCGGAGCAUAAUUUAGAAAUCUGGUUUUAAAAAAAUCGUCGCAAUCUUUGGUUUUAAGUACAAAUAUCUGUGGAACUAAUUAUGUACCUAAAACCAAAGAUAGCCUGUUUUUGGAAGUUUUUAAACUAUUUUCGAAACUGAAAAUGAAGAAGUUGAACACUAUUUAGUUUUGUGUGAAUGAAAAAGUGCUGAUAUUUAAUUUUACAAAUUAUUGAAAGAGAAAGUAGAGCUUAUUGAAAAAAAUUCGAGAAUUUCUCUCUGAAAAUCUUGUACAAACUCAUCACUUGUCUUCCUGGAAGAGGGUCAAAAGAUGUUAUUGUUUUACCAUAUCUCUCUGGGGUUUUUUCCCUUACUAUUUUUGCACACACCAAACGAAAGCAUCUUUCAUUUAUCAGUGUCGUCUUAAGACAUGGAUACUCUUUCGUGUAAUUCCUGAUAGAGUUGAAACCUGAUCUUUUCCUAAUGAAGCAUUCGACACAAACUCCUAGCUAUUCUCAAUCUCAGAUUGCAACUUUAGAAAACUUGCAAGUCUACUGGUGGCAGAAACUCCAAGUUUUUCAGGAUUAAAACCAGUGUAUAAGUAUUUCGAGGAGUGACAAAUAAGAGAAGACGAAGAAUGAAUAUAGCACCAAUUUAAUAUUAAUCAUAAUUGUUUAUGUAUCAUUCCAUUUUUAAACACGUAAAUCAUUUCGUGUGAAACAUUACACCAAUGUGUGGUUGGAUACGUUUAAGUGACACUUCAUCAGAUUAACAUUAACUCAUUCCUCUUUACAUUGUGUGAAGAAUAUGUAUUUUGUGUUGCUUAUAUUGGGAGAAAAUGGGACAAUAAAUAUUUUGAUGAUGAUCCUGUCUACUAUUCGGAGGGGGGGACUAGUCGAUGACGUCGACCGCAGUGCUCAACUGGUACUUAUUUUAUCGACCCUGAAAGGAUGAAAGACAAAGUCGACCUAGUACUCGAUCAAUUUUGCCUUUCAUCCUUUCAUAAUCAAUAGAAUAAAGUAUCAGUUAAGUAUUCUGGUCGAUGCAUUCGACUUACCCCAACCCCUUACAAAUUGCAGGUCUUGUGCCAAAAUUAAGAAUAAUGAUAAUAAUUUCAAAUUUUGUUACAAAGCCAGCAAUCUUUGAUUCUGACCCAAUUUUUAUAGAACAUUUUGUUUACAAUACUGAAUGAACAGAUCUAGGAUAAAAGUAUUCUAGCCAUGAUUAUGCUCACUCGUUAAGAGUAUGCAAAACUACUAUGUCUAAUUCAUCUUUUCCUUAUAAAAGACAGUAGAACGUGAUUUGAAGGAGAUAUGGGUGUCUGUGAGAUCAUUUUGAAGCUUCCUUGUUUAAUGUUUGUUACUCUGAUAAACUUUGCUGUCUGUUGGUAAUAUUGAAAAAUGACUUGAAAUACAUGGACAGUUAACUAAUUAGAAAUGGGAGACCCAGAAGAUAUGGGAUGAAGUACUGAAGAAUAACUUCAGGGCUCUGAACUUUACAGGCAAGAUGACGAAAGACCGAGAUGCCUGGCACUUUAGUGUACUCAAGAAGACUCAUACUCCACAACAGAAGUGUUAACACUGGUCCCUCUGGUGGUGAAAAGUACUCAUGGCAGUACCGCAUAAAAACGCCAGCACAUAAAAGCACCCAGCAUACUCUGUAAAGUAGUUAGCAUUAGGAAGGGCAUCUAGCUGUGGAAACCAUGCCAAAUCAGACUGGAGUCUAGUACAGCUCCCCAGCUUGCCUGUCUGCUCUGGUCAAACUGUCUAACCCAUACCAGCAUGGACAACAGACAUUGAAUGAUGAUGAUGAUGAUAAUGAUAUUCCUGAAAAGAAAUUUGAAAACCUAUCAAUUAUUUGAACCAUUUUCUUUGGUGGAGUGAAAAAUGUUUUCCAGAACAUUUCAAAAAUGGGCCUUGCUAAAAACUUUUGGACCUUACCAACUCUUUGCUCAAAGUGGUCGAUGUUUCCAUCUGUGUCAUAAACAUAUGUCACAUCUCUACUAUGUGAAACCAUCUUGUUUUCAAUUACAUACUGGACUCAAUAACAAGCUGUUGUUUGUUUAUAGACAAAGGAAUUUUUCUUCUCUUGAAGACUAUCAAGAGAUUGAUGACAAGGACGAGGAUAUUGGUAACUACAAACCCAGAAAAUUAAAUGGAAGCAGACGUCUUUUUGAAUUCAAAGAACAACUUGAUUCUAAAUCCAUAACAAAAAUGACAUCAGAAGACUGGAAUAAAUUAGAAAAAGAGCUUCUUGAAGACAACGCUAACUUGAAAAUAUCUUGGGAAGCUUGCUGUAUGAGUUUCAUUAAUAGCAGUAAGUUGGUUGAACUUGGUAUAUCUCUUGCUGAUUAUUUAAAGAGUCAAGGUCGAUCACUUAAUAUUGCUACUAUUUCACUGUUUAUGACGUUACUUAGCAACAGAGCAUCACCUGAAGACCAGAAGACUAUAUUGCAAUUAUAUCAACAGUUGUUAGACUCCACUGGUGGACUGUUAGAUUGCCAGACUAUUAAAUAUGUUAUAUAUGGAUUAUGUUGUACAAAUAGUUGGAAGGAUUGCUUUCAACUAUUGUCCACAUUAGAGUUAACUCAACCAACACUGCCCAAACAUUACACUCCCAUCAUUCUUGCUGCAAUACGUUGUGCAGAUAUUGACAGCUGCACACUUCUGUUGCAUAAAGUAGGUUCAAAAGGUUUAUCACCAACAGAAGAAGUAUAUCUAUCCUUUUUGGACACAUGUCAAAGUAACAGUAAGUUUUCUGUUGAUGAUCUGUUUCACCUGAUGCACAAAUAUAGGUGGUUACCCAACAAAGAUGUCUUGCUUGCAGUUAUAAAAUAUUUAAAAAGAAAUGGAAACCCAGAACGCUGGUCUGAAGCAUGGAUCAAAUUAGAUAAAAGAGGAAUAUGUCCGAAUUGUAAUACAGCCAUAGAUAAAUUGGAUAUUCCAUUUUCACAAUUCCGAAAGCUGCGUCAUGUAUUUUUUGAAAAUGUUCUGAUUGGAAAGGACCUUUACCAAAAUACAAAUCCGGCAGAACUUGAAAGUUUCAAAUUAUUUGUUGAAGAAAAAGCACCUUUUGAUGUAGUUUUUGAUUCUUUAAAUGUUUCCUUGAAAAUGGGUCAGUUUAAAAAUAAGUCUUUUCAGUUACGGAAAGCAGUUGAAUAUUUUGCUUUGAUUAAAAAAAUGAAAGUUUUGGUGGUUGGUCGAAAGUAUAUGUUGAAAUGGCCUGAAAGAGACAUAAAAAUUAUUAAAAAGUUGGCUUCCUGCUUCUUCAUCGAAAAUAUAUCUGAAGACGAUCCUUACCUUAUUUACGCUACACUCUACAGUGGUCCUAAGUCAGUGUUUGUUUCAUCUGAUGAAAUGCGAGACCAUAAAUUUUCUUUAGGAGAAGAGUAUGGUGAACUCUUUCGUCGAUGGCAGUUCAGUCACCAAGUGCAGUUAUAUAAAGUGAAACCAAAUGGUCACAUUAUAUUUCAGUGGCCAUGUAAAGAAGACAUACGUACUCAGAGGUGUAACCAUGGUUGGCAUAUCCCUUUUGAAAAUGCAGAGCCAAGGCCCACUUGGCAAGACCCUAGUACAUGGUUGUGUCUUCAAAAAAAACCAACUUCUUAUUAACAAAGAAAAAAAACAUUAAAGUUUUAGAAAAAUUUCUUUUUAUGUACAUUAACAUCUGAGCUGCAAUAUAACUAAAUAUACGUAAUCCAAG